AUGAAGGUUAUUUUCGUGGUCGCUUUAGUUUUCGCCGUGGCCUACUCUGCCGAUGAGAAGAAGGAAGCGGAAAAAUCCGAAGACAGGCCCAAAACUUUCAAAAGGCUUAUCCCUGCAGACGUACUCAGAGAUUUUCCCGGAAUGUGCUUCGCUUCCACUCGCUGCGCUACUGUAGAACCUGGCAAAACCUGGGAACUGACCCCAUUCUGUGGAAGAUCAACCUGCGUACUAUCUGAAGACAAACCACCACGUCUAUUGGAGUUGGUUGAAGAUUGCGGACCUCUCCCAUUGGCCAACCCCAAAUGCAAAUUGGAUGAAGAAAAAACCAACAAGACCGCUGCUUUCCCAAUCUGCUGUCCACAGUUCAAAUGCGAGGAAGGAGCUAAAUUGGAGUUCCCCGAAAUCCCAACUGUAGCUCCAGUUCCAGAGGAAGCUCCAACCACACCAAAAGCCUAA